AUGGAUGGAGAACAGAUCUGCAGCUCGGACGAAUCACUAAAAUCGGUAUGUGCACCAGAGGAGUGGGUUGUGGUGUCGAAUGCCAUAGGCAGCAGAGGUAUUGAGAUUCCUCUGUGUCCUUCGCAUGGCGUGUUGCAUGUCAGGACACUGAGAAAUGUUUUCAAGGAUGCUACGGGACUGAAAUACCGAAAUCCCGACACUGGUCUCGACAGAGUGCUCUUAAUGGACCACGACGAAACGUGUUUCAUAGCUCCGACUGGAGGGUGGAAAAAUAAAACGUUCACUGUCGUGCGUCCUGCGAAAUUUGUUCGCCCGCCAGGGAACGUGAAGAAGCAAGUGAAACGCUCAUUAGCUAACAAAUCAAAGGCGAUAACUGAUAUGGAUUUAAACUCCGAUGGAAAAAUGAGACCUAUUCUAGCGAGUUCGAAAACUACCUGUACAUCAGCAACCCCAGAAGGUGCUUGUUAA